UUUUCUUUUCUUAACCUAAAUCUAAUUACAAUUUUCACCAAAAAAAAAAACUGAUUGAAUCAAUUUGAUUCUGCCAAAACUUUGACUGACUGAUUUUAACCAAAAAAAUCAGUCAGAUUCACACCCGAUACACAACAAUCCUUUGUGAAUCUGAACGCCAACAACGAAAGAAAACAACUGAAGAAAAUUUUAUCUGCAACCCAAAUCGACCUGAAAAAAAAGUAUUAUCUUCAGCCAACAAAAUGAGAAUUUAUACAAUCGAUGAAAAGACGAUGAUCAAAUCAUCAUCAUCAUCGUCGUCUAGUCACCUUAAUAAUAAUAAUCCUUUACAAUCCACACAUCAAAAUGGUUUUAAUUCAACAUUGAUGAUGACGAAACAACAGCCAUUGUCAUCAUCAUCAACAACGUUAGAUCAAUCAUCAUCAUCGAUUUCAAAUUCAAUAACAAAAGUUAAAUCAAAAUUUGAAAAUAAUGGUGGCGGUGAUGCAAAUGUUUCACGUGUUAAUAUACCGAUUGUAUUCAAUAAAAAUCGUGGCCAAAUUUCAAUGUAUAGAUUUAUUAAUACAAAGGGUAAAAAAAUGAAUAAAAAUCAAAAUGGUGGUGGUGGUGGUUUUAACCGCAAUAAUUUUAAUCAUCAUCAUCAACAUUAUUUUGAUGAUAGUAAUGAUUAUGAUGGUGGUAUAACAAGGCCAUCAUCAAUAACAUUUUCAUCAUCAUCAUCAUCAUCAAAAGCAACAACAGCAGCAGCAAUAAAAUAUGUAAUUAAUAAUCAUAAUUUUUAUAAAAAACGUAUAUCAGCUAUUGAUAAAAUACAAGAAGAAUUACGUGAAAUGAAAUUAAGAGAAGAUGAACUUAAAUGUCAACGUAUCCGCAGUAUUGGUAUAUCAUAUCCAAAUUUAAAUUCAAUUUGUGAUGAUGAUUAUUCAACAAGUGAUGAUCAAACAAGUGAAGAUAAUAAAGAUUCAUUUCAUAGUCGUUGUAGUAGUAAUCCAGAUUUAUUAAAUGGUAAUCAUUUAAAUAAUCAUAAUAAUAAUCAUUCAUCAUCACCAUCACCUUCAUCAACAUCAUCAUCAUCAUCAUCAUCAUAUACGAUUGCUAUUGUUGAUAUAAACAAUACUAAUAACAGUAAUAAUAAUAGUACAAUAACAUCAUCAACAACAACAUUAUCAUCGGAUACAUCUGAUUCAUUGUUGAAUGAUUGUGGAUUAAAAAUUGGUGGUCCACGUCGUAAAAUACCAUUGAUUGCAAUUUGGGAACAAAAAAUUAAUGAAUGUCAAACAAAUGGUGAUACAAUAACAACAACAACAACAACGGCAACAACGAAUAAUCAAAACAUCAAAGAUCAAUGAUAAUUUGCUGUGAGAAAAAAAAAUCGAUUCAUUUUAUUCAUCAUAUUCAUAUAUAGCCUAAAGGCCAUUAUUGUUUUAAUCAAUCGAUCAAUCAAUCAAAAACAGAAAAAAUCUGCUGAAAAAAAGACAAUAUGAUUGAUACCU